AUGGCUGCUUCGGACAAGAAUGAUACGGUUGUUGAGUCAAUUGAGGGUGACGAGGCCUCCGAAGUGACUCAUUCAGGGGCUGAAGCCGAAUCAGCAGUUGCUCAACUGUCCGAAGGGCGUGAAGCUUCCAAGAAGAUUGAGCAAGCCACGACAGAAGCUUCAAACCAAGUUCAACCUUUGCAGAGUUCUCAAACACCCCGGGGUUCGCAACCACAAGUUUCGCAGUCACCUCGAACGGCUGGAAGACCUCUAGCUCCAGCUCAGGUUCAACAUGCUCAGAUGGUUCAGCAUCAGUCUCCUCGAGUUGCUCAGCCUCCGUAUCCUCAGAUGCCGCAAUCUCCUUAUUACCAGAUGCCACAGUCUCCUCAUCAUAGGCCGCCAUCUCCGCAAAUGGCUCAGCAUCCUCAUAUGGGAUAUGUCCAUCCUUAUCAGGCUCCGCAUUCACCUUAUAUGGCUCAGUCGCCUCAUCAGAUGCCUCAGUCUCCGUAUCAAAUACCACAGAGUCCUCACCCCCAUAUGCCGCAGUCUCCGCAUCCCCAUAUGCCACAAAGUCCUCAUCCUCAGAUCCCGCCAUCCCCAUACAUGGCACACCCUCACUAUGCUCCUCAACCGGGGGACGCCCCCCCUCAAAGUCCCCUUUUCACACCCCAAGGAACUCCCAUCAUGACACCUCAGCAAUCUCCUCUAUUUACACCACUAGCCACUCCUAGAUUCACACCAACUCCAACCCCUGGACCUCAAUCCGCCGCUCCAACACCAGCACCAUCAGCUACUCCAGCUCCCUCGUCGGUUGCUUCGACACCCGCCCCAUCCUCCGUAGCAUCUACCCCAGCACCCGAAUCUUCCUCCGGAGGCCAAGUGACAUAUGAUAUGGGACCUCCGCCCAAGAAGAAGAGAGGUCCGAAGCCGAAGCCUUUGUCAGAACGUAAAAUGCUACGGACUACACCGAUUGUGAGAAAGGAGGCUAGUUAUUCGAAGAGAAAGAAAGAGGAGGUUAUCAUGUGGAUGCUUCAUACUCGCGUUGAUCGGAGGGGAGAAAUGGUGCCGCCUUCUACGACGGACGCGGAGAACCACUUUCAGAUUCCGAGGAGUACUAUUGCUGGGUGGAAGAAAGCCAUGUUGGGCCUUGGACCAAUUCCGAAACCGCUUUUUGCUUGGAACCCUGUUCAUUGUCUUGUCCGCUUACACAAUCUGCCCAAAGUUGAAGCGAAGUCAACAAUGUUUACGUCACCCAUGUCCGAUAACCCCGCCAAAACCUCCCUUAAGAACAACCCCAACCGGUGUGUCAUCCGGAAUCGGCUUCGAAGCAAUCAAACAGCUCCUCAGCCAGAGCCAACCAUACAGAGUCAUCCUCGGCGCACGCAACACCAAAAUGCACAGAAAGCUUACGAUGAGCUCAAGUUCGACCGUGAAUCUCAUGGAGUCACUGUUCUUCCGCUGGAGCUGAAUGACUUGAAGGGUGUCAAGUCGUUCGCUGAACAGACCCUUGAUAAGAUUGGGGGAGACAAGAUUGACUACUUGUUGCUCAAUGCGGGAUUGGGAGGUGUCGGCGCUGAGGGCCCGGGACCGCAUGGAUCGAGGUGGUGUGAGCCAUAUGUCGUGAAUCAUCUCUCGCAGCAUUACCUUGUGCAUCUUCUGAGGGAGAAGUUGGUAGAUUCCAAGUCGAGGAUCGUAUUUGUGUCAUCAGGAGCUAUCAGACGAGUCUCUGAUCCAAGUUUACUCGACACUGAACUCAAAGCCGGGUCUGGUGCCUCCGCCAGCACGACAUACUGCAACACCAAAUUCACCGGCCUUCUAGGCGCACAGUGGUGGCGUCGCCAACUCGCCGGUACCAACGACGUGGUCGCUGUUUCACCAGGUCUCAUCCCUGGCACGGGUCUAGCGAACCGUAUGGGCAUCAAAGCUGACAUGGCUGACGCAAAGCCGAUCCCCGAGGGCGCACAAAGCGUUCUUGCGGCUAUGACGCGAAGCGACUUUCCUGAGGAUCGUGAUCGGCUCUUCUUGACGAGCUGGGGUGAGUGGUGGGAGAAGAGUGUCAUUGAAAAGUCGACGGAUAAGGAGUUGCAGGGUAAGUGGUGUCCUAGCAAGGAGGAGAUUGAGCGCGAAGCUGGCAUCUCAUCUUAG